CUAUAGUGGCCCUCAAAUCAGUUGAAAAAUUUCGCAGCAGCUAGUCAUGAGAGUACAUCCGGUCGUCAUAAUCUUUACAGGUUUAAUUGUCCUCCUGGAGAUUGCUAGAGGACACACAAUAAGUUCUCCUCCGCUAGGAAAAGCGAACUUCAUUGAAUCGGUUGUGAUCCAUACACCAUCUCAGGUGAUUCCAACUCAAUCCGACUUCGAUAUCACGUUCCAGGUUCAAGGGCAAAAACAAGAGUUGAAACUCAUACUAGAGCGGAACCAUGACCUUCUCGCACACAGCCCUCACAUCCAAUACCUUGGUCCAAGCGGCAUCGUCCAACGAACAGAAUCUUUUGUCGGAGAUGAGGACAAAGUCUUCAAAGGUAGAGUGUGGACCAAGUCUCCCGAUGAGCGUUGGAAGGAGGCUGGCUGGGCGAGAAUAUAUAUUAUUCGCGAUGGGAAUGCUCCUUUAUUCGAAGGCACAAUCAGCGUUUUUACUCAACUUUAUGAGGUGACAGUAUUAGCGGAAGAUGGGAAUACCAGCAUAUCUGGUCCAGAGUGGCAGAUGGUUGUCUACCACUCUUCCAGAACUGAUUUACGCCGUGAUGCAGAGCUACCGAGACAAUCCCGCUGCGCAACUGGCCAGCUGGCUUCCAACCAAUUGACGCAUCAUAUCGAUGAUGCUUCGGACGGAUUCUUUCUUGAUACACCCAUCACACUAAAACGACGUCAAGGAACCCUAAAUACAGACGAUCUGAUCGACAGUAUCGGCAGUCCGGCGGGAUGUCCAACCAGGAGAAGAGUGGCUUUGGUUGGAAUUGCAACGGACUGCACCUACACAUCGUCAUUCGAAUCAACCGAAGAUCUCCGCCGAAGCCUCAUUAAUAUGGUAAACACUGCAUCUCAAGUUUACGAGAGUACCUUCAAUAUCUCACUUGCACUCCAUAACCUGACCAUAAGCGACGCAACCUGUCCCGGUAGUGCUUCAGACUCUGCGCCUUGGAACGUUGGCUGCUCGGAGGGAGACAUGAACUGGCGCUUGCAGCAAUUCACGUCGUGGAGAUCAUCAAUAGGCGAUACACAGAAUGCCUAUUGGACACUCAUGACCGGCUGUCCGUCCGGGUCAGAGGUCGGCAUUUCGUGGAUUGGACAAGUAUGCAAUUCUCAGUCGAGCACGAAUGUGGUGGCGAGGACGUCCAACCAAUGGCAGGUUUUUGCUCAUGAAUCGGCCCAUAUGUUUGGUGCUGUUCAUGAUUGCGAUUCAAAUGCAUGCGCCUCUACUACUCAGUGCUGUCCAUUAUCGGCUUCGGCUUGUGACGCGGAUGCACAAUAUCUCAUGAACCCAUUUUCAACCUCAUCACAGACACAAUUCUCACCAUGCACCGUUGGUAAUGUCUGUUCACUACUAGGAUCCCGGAAUAUGAGGACGAGCUGUCUCCUAAGCGAUACCAGAAAUAUACCUACUCUUACCGCUGGGCAGUGCGGUAAUGGAAUCGUCGAGGCUGGCGAAGAGUGCGACUGCGGCGACAGUUGCGAUGACAACCGCUGCUGCAAUGGCACAACGUGUCGAUUCCAAAAUAAUGCCGUAUGCGAUGACUCCGCUGGACCUUGUUGUACGAACUGCCAAUUUGCAUCGUCCAACACUGUAUGCCGGGAGAGUACGGGAACGUGUGAUAUUCGGGAGACCUGCACAGGAAACUCUACUGCAUGUCCUGCCGACCGGCACGCGCCAGACGGGCAAACAUGUGGAAACUCAUCGGGUCUGUUUUGUGCCAAUGGCGAACGUACAAACCGAGACAUGCAAUGCCGACAGGCGCUGAACACAAAUAGCACAGGAGUCUCCUCGUGCAAUAUUGAUUCAUGUACCCUCAGUUGCUCAGUAGACUGGUAUGGGUCUGGGGUUUGUAUGGGCAUGAACCGGCGGGUGCAGGACGGUACUCCCUGUCCAGGCGGGCUCUGUCAAAGGGGCAGGUGCCGAAGCGAUAGUGACAAUAGCAGCUCAUGGGUGGAUCGCCACCGCUCUAUCGUCAUCGGACUCUCGGCCGGUAUAGGUGGAGCCUUGGUCCUAGCGGCGCUUCUGGGGAUAAUUCUCUGCUGCUGCUGUCAUCGCCAGAAACCUGGGAAGAAGGAUACUUCAACAAAUGCGUCAGCCAGGAACCAAAUCCCUCGUCCGCCUCCUUAAUCCACUAUGGAAACCAGCAGGUCUACUCCGACUUCGAAUUAUCGUUAUGCUUAGAUGAUGAAUGUAUAUGAUGAAAAGAGCAUAGCUCUC